AUGAACCAGACAAUCUCAAAUACCUACAUGUACCCUGGUCCUGCUUUGGAGACUGAAAAUGCGUUCCGCUUGCUGGAACUGCAAGCCGGUCAGAAUAACGCCCCUAUUACCAUCCGAAUACUAGCUUGCUCCUUCGGCAGUAUAUCAUACGAAGCCGUCUCUUAUACCUGGGGCGAUGCAGAUCAGAAAAAUGAGAUCAAAGUGCUUUCACACAGUGCCAACGAAACUUGUGCCACGAUGUUCGUUACAACAAACUGUCACAACGCUUUGAUGGCCCUGCGGAAACCCCACGAGCCUCGAGUCUUGUGGAUCGAUUCAAUAUGUAUCAACCAACACUCAAUGCCUGAGCGCAACCAUCAAAUUACCCUCAUGGCCCAGAUAUAUCAAGGAGCCCGCCGUGUCGUGGUAUAUCUUGGACAAAGCGCCGAUGGCAGUGACGAAGCCAUGCACUCGAUAUACGAAAUCGAUCAGCCCUCUGACUACGAUGUUUAUCCGUCUUGGAACACAGUGCCACAGUGUACCCCAAACAUCAAAUCUAUUCGCGCACUCUUCAAGCGGCCUUGGUUCUAUCGGGUAUGGGUUUUACAGGAGAUCGCUUUCGCUAAAGAUGCCAUUUUUGUCUGCGGCCGGUACGAAGUCAGUUGGGACAGCAUUCGUGCUUUCUGCCACUGGAACCGGAACAAUCGCUGGAUAAAGGGAGCUCUUCCAUAUCCUAUUGAAUACACUGUCCAAAGAUCUCACUGUCAGGCAACAGAUGCGAGGGAUAAGGUGUACGCGAUGCUCCCUUUGCUGAAGUGGGAACAUGAGAGGAUGACCAGAGAGCUUGAAGCGAAUCAGAACCAAGCUGAAAACAAGGGCUUGGAUGGGUUAGAUGCUGACAAACUGCGUCAAGCAUUAUUCAUCCAAGCAGACUAUACGAUGUCUGUUCAGCAGGUCUAUACAAAUCUUACAAUCAUCCUACUUGAGCACUUUGGACUCCAAGCGCUACAAAUCGGCCUAGCUCUAGGUCAUGUGGAGAAGCUCCCAUCUUGGGUUAUAGAUUGGGAAGCUAUCACAAAGUCGCCGUACCAGCUCCAGCGGCCAUUAGCACCAUUCAAGCCUCAAGAUGCUUCGACUGUUGAAAAUUCGGCCAUGUGGAGCGUUUCUCGUUUUUUCCUAGUCGACAAAGAGCCAAAGGAGCAGCUACGAGUCAGCGCCUCGAAAAUCGGCACUAUCACCUUCAUUGGGGAUGUUUGUGAUAUCCGUCGGGACAUCUUCCCCCUGAAACAAUGGACGAAGCUUGGCUCCGGCCCGAAAUGGUGGCAUCAAAUGCCAACUAUGCCUCCAGAUCUCACUGACCGCCAACCGGGUUUUUGGCGGCAACGCUAUGAGCUAUCCCCGUUUGCGGAGACCUUGGCAGCAGGUUACAUUGUGUAUGCAGACGUCGUCCACGAAGCUGUUGAAACUCUGACUACCUUAGACGAAAGCAAUGAUGCUAUUGAAACAGAAGGAAACCAUAAGCGCUUUGAGGAUUACCCUAAAAAAUUACCUUCAAGCUAUCGUAUACAAGCGGAAAAGAUAUUUAGUGCUUGUGACGGACGGAGAUUCUUUAUCACGGAUACAGGGCUUAUCGGCUUGGCUCCUGAAGCGGCUACUACGGGGGAUUUGACGUUCAAAGUCAAUGGCUGUGAUGCUCCCUUUGUCAUGAGACCUUGGACGGAUGCCGAGGCUGAAACUCAUGCGACUGUGAGCGGGCAGACAGAAACCCCAACACUCAACACGCAUAGCAUGACUAUGGUAGGAGAGUGUUGGAUAUAUGGUAUAUCACGUGGGGAAAGAGGAGACUCCCUUCACAAGGCAAUCUUCGGUAAAUCAAAACCUGAGAGCAGCCACUCAUAUUUAGAACAUCUAAUUAUUUAUUAA